AUAUAUUACGUCAAAAUCAUCGACAAAUAAAAAGUCUAGAAAGAUCAUUUCCUAUGAUAUAAAGAAAAAAACCUGAUUAAAAAUGUAACAUAUGCGUCAAUGUCGCAACUCAUUGCUGGAAACUAUGGUUAUUGAUGCGUCGGUAUGAACAUCGAGAAGGAAUUUUGCUAGGAUGAAAAACUAAGAAAAAGAAGAAAAAGAAAAGGAUAAGAAAAUUAUAUCACGAUCUACAAAAAAAAAAUAGAAAAAAAAGAAUUUUUUAUCAUCGACGAUAUUCAACAAAUGCAAACGAAGAAGAGGAAGUUUUCCCAGGACGAUACCGGAAAUACAUGUCUAUAGAAAGCAAACGGGCAGAAACAACUCAUUUGGUUUCGUCCUUAUCGAUACAUAGAAAUAUAAAAACUCCUGGUAUUCCUCGAUAAAAGAGCAAUAAAAAAAAAAAUGUGACAGAAUCCUCUGGCCAAACAAAAAAGCGAAGGAAUAUUCGAGAAAGAAGGACAUAUCGAUGAAUAGGAAACGUAGUUGCUCGGGAGGAACUCGUUCAGCUUUCCACCAAAAAAGAGACGAGAAGGAUGAAGAAGACGAUGAUGACGAUGCGAACGGUGAAUACUAGCGUCCUUUUUCCAUCGAAGUACGAGAAUUUCAGUAAUGAAAUAAACGUUGAUCCAACAGAGAUGUUGUCGAAAAACGACAUUUUAAUGUCAAUCAAUUCUACGUAUCUCGAACAUGCACCGAAAUUGACCAAAACGAUGUAUCUCAAGGCCAUUAUAUUAGCUGUCAUGUCGGUCAUCAGUCUAAUAGCCAAUCUUGCUACAAUAUAUUCGGUAACAAAAAAUCGUCGAAAACAGCAAAACUGGUCGGCCAUUUAUACUUUGUUAUUACAUCUAUCCGUGGCAGAUCUUCUCGUAACGAUAUUUUGUAUCGGUGGUGAAGCAGUCUGGAAUUAUACCGUUCAAUGGAUUUGGGGUAAUGUCGCCUGCAAACUCUUUAAGUUUCUCCAAGUGUUCAGUCUUUAUCUCAGCACGUUCAUCCUCGUGCUGAUAGGUGUCGAUCGUUUCGUUGCUGUUCGAUAUCCGAUGAAGAAUUUAAGUACAACUCAUCGAUUUCUCAGAUUCGUCGUGUUUGCCUGGGUACUCUCUAUACUUUUGGCAACACCACAGAUCGUUAUUUUUCAUGUGGCAUAUGGACCUUUCGUCGAGGAGUUUACGCAAUGCGUGACGCAUGGAUUUUACACGGAACCAUGGCAGGAACAGUUGUACGCUAUAUUCAGUAUAUUUUUUAUGUUUAUUUUACCAUUAACCAUUUUAAUUACCACGUACGUUUUAACGGUGAUUACGAUAUCAAGAAGUGAAAAAGCAUUCAAGUCGGAAUUAAUCAACAGUAAUUUGCAACGUACGAAUAGCGAUAUUAAUAGAAGAAAAUUGUUAAACCGUGCGAAAACGAAAUCAUUGCGUAUUAGUGUUGUCAUCGUCGCUGCGUUUGUCCUUUGGUGGACACCAUAUUACACGAUGAUGAUAAUUUUUAUGUUUCUCAAUCCCGAUAAGCACUUAAGCGAGGAUCUCCAAAGUGGAAUCUUUUUUUUUGGUAUGAGCAACAGUUUGGUGAAUCCAUUGAUAUACGGUGCCUUUCAUCUUUGGCCGCAACGGCAGAAGCAAAAUUGUUACCGCAGAGAUUUUUUAACGUUACACCGGCGAAGCAAUUGUACGAGUAAUAAUCAUUCAAUGAAACAACUCCAAGAAGCACGAACAUUAUUUUUAUCACGUGGAACACAAAUAUUGACAACUACCCCCGAUUAAGAAGAGAAACACAUAGCUCAUGUAUGAGUCAUAUAGGUCAAAUAAUUGUGUAUGUGUGAAUGUGUAUAUGUUUGUUUAUAUAUAUAUAUAUAUUG